AGCGCGCUGUGAGUGAUGCCGUUGCAAGUGGGAGACAGAUUGUUGGACACUUUAAACAUUCCCCGCUUGCUUAUUCACGGCUGCAAGAUAUCCAGCUUGAGAUGAAUCUUCAAGCAAAAACGCCUGCAGCAGGACGUCAAAACCAGGUGGAAUACCACCUACUUUAUGAUCGCGAGUCUGGUGGAACAGAAACGAGCACUGUCUGCUUAUACUGCUAACCAUGACCUGCCCUCAACACUCACGGCAAACCAGUGGGCCUUGCUUGAAAAAACAAUGAACUGUCUAGAACCGUUUGAGGAGUUAACAAGGAAGGUGAGCUCAGCCACAUCCUCCACUGCUGAUGUUAUCCCAAGUGUCACCGUUCUGAAACGUGUCCUCUCCAUGGAAACCGAGGCUGACUCUGGGAUUAAAACCAUGAAAAGGACGCUCUUAGAAGCUGUUGACAAGCGCUUUAGCACCGUGGAAGACGAACCUCUGUAUGUACUUCCAAACUGCUGGACCCAAGAUACAAGGACAGAUUUUUCACCAGUGCAGACUCUGCCAAGCGGUGGAAAGAUGCACUGGCUAAGGAGCUGGAGGAAGAUGCAGGCAUGCAAACUGGCUCGGGGUGAAAAAGCCACUGCGCUCAUGUUACCCAGUGUGCGCUGGCAAGAACCGAAGGUCACUUCUGAUUCUGAUUCUGAUUCUGAUUCUGACUCCAGUGCUGAGUUUGAUGAAGACAAUAAGGUUGCCAGUGCUGAGGUUGAUGAAGAGGAGAUGCACUUCAAGUCACGUUGUGAAAAAUGUAAAACAGCUCAGCAGAGUUCUGAGUAUGAGAAGAUUACCCCAAGCAAGAUUUCUAAGUGGAGCUUCCAGAUACAGCUGAAAGGCAAAGGGACCUAUGAGUGUUCGGCUACAGGUCUGGUGUUUGAAGUGUCGGAGCAGGCUCUGGUCCGCUACUCUGUCCUGUCCUGGUUCCAAUUCUCUGAGUUCCUCCCAGACUCCUGGAGACCUGCUGGAUCGAUUUGGAAUGUGGAUGUGGUCAACAAGGAUCCAUCUGUGCUCCAGUUUAUCCAUUUCCCCCACUCUCUGUGCCUUGCUGAACCUGAGCAUGAGCUGAGCUUCAGUGUUCUGCAUGUAAAGGAUCGCCAUGCCAACAUUGAGUCGACGGUGGACUUCACGGCAAGCCAUGUUAAAUGGCGCGUGUCCUCGCUUUCUCCUGUGGGUCUCAUCAUUCCGAGCAGUCUGCAGGUGAAGCACCACGCGUUGGUGCUGAUUUACAAGGAGCGGAUCAAAUCCAAAAAAAAGAUAUCGAUCUUCCACGUGUUUUUGGCCUCGAACGACGGCUCUGAGAUCCAGGCUAUUGAUGAACAGGUGCUCUCUUCUCAUAAGAUAUUGAUCAAGAUGUACAAAUCGGCCGCCUGUAGGCUGGGAGAAAAGUUCCACUGCCUCACAAGCAAGCCAAAAGGGCAAAUUGAACCCCCGAAACUAGAAUUUGUUAAUAAAUUGUUAGCGUCUAAGGGAUUUUUUGAAGUACGCUUCGGUGAGCUUCCUCCUUUCGAAUUGUUUCUGAAGGACUCUGACUGUGAUGAGCCUUUGUGGUCUGCUACAAUCAGAGAAGAGGAUUUGAAAUUCAAGAAGAAACCGAUUGUAAAACCAAGACGUAGGUUUUUACCUUUCAAGAAGACCCAAGUGGCAAACACCAGACUGGAAGGCAAGCUUCAAAGGAUCCGUUCUGAAUAUGUGCAAAGAGUUUCAAUCUCAGUUAUCAAAGGUCUCCUGGAUGACCUUUGGCAGCAGAAGGUGUUCAGUACUGAGGACAAGGACACUGUGAUGAACCACAAGAUCAAAGCAGACCAAGCACGUUGUCUGAUCGACAUGGUGAUGGGGAAAGGGGAGAGAGCAAGUCAGAUAAUGAUUGAUAGUAUGAAGGAGAGGGAUCCUGAAUUAUGCAACACAUUGGGCCUGAUCUCUUCUCCUUCAUUGAAGUAAUUUUAAAGAAACUGUCGCUGCCAACUUUUUUUGACAAGACAAGCUGGAAAAGUAAAUGAUGCUGUCAUGUUCAGAAUAGAUCCUCCUUCCUGGCUACUACAUGUGUACUAAGCUGUUCCCCUCAGUUACCUCCUAUAUCCAAGUAUAGAUAAGAAUUUUGUUACAUUAUAUUAUAAUAAUGUUGGUAUUGUUGUGAUCAUGGAGUUUGUAAAACAAGUUGACAUUAUGCCAAAGAAAGAAUACAUUUUUGAUAAUCCACUGAAUUUUAUUCAGGUUGCAUUUUUUACAUUUUCAUAUCAGUUUUUUUUUUUAUAUUUUAUAUAUUUUUUAUAUGUUAUCAUGGAUAUGACCAAAAUCCAACUUGCAGGGUUCACCAUAACAUUAGCCUGACCCAGGAAUGGUCAGACCUCUGUUCGGGGCAAAAUAAAAUGGUCAAACAUA